AUGGAGGACAUCGUGACUACAGCGCAGAUAGAGAAGUAUCAGAGAGAAGGAGGUCUUCAGGAUGCUCAGGCGGCACAGACGCUCCCGCAAGAAGCAUGCAAAUCAAAGGCGCAGUCGGUGUCUCAUCCACCAGGCCUUUCUCGUCCACGAUACCGCUCUCGCGCGGUCGAGAUUGAGAAGUUAUUGAUGAAACAGUCACAGGUUUAUCGAUCGAUCUUGUGGGGGAGCGCCGAAUACAAAGCUGUACAGGCUCUCGCCAAAAAGUCAUGUGCUAUGGUAGACGUUGACAACGAGCUGAGAGAGGCGGAGGUGAUUUUCUGGUCCAUGAUCGGUGGCGAUGUACCGUUUCCAGAGGACCACGAGAGUGAGAACGGGGUUGACAACGGGGAUGACCACGAAAUUGACGGCGAGAGCGACGACGAGAGCGACGACGAGAGUGACGACAAAAGUGACGGUGGAGCCCCAGUAAAAUCUGCUUCUCCCGCACCAUCCGAGGCCUGCUCUUUGGGGCUCGACUCCAAUGCUUCGUUGAACGCGAUUAUUGAACAUAUCACAACGACGCUGUCUCUGCCUGAGUUUGUGGCAUCGCUAACAUCACCAGCUUCUGGUAUGCACUCGGCAAAGGAGGCUACUCGGCCAGCCCAGCAAAAGACUAAAGCUUCUGGCUUCCAACCAUCCAGUCCUACGUACCCUCGGACCGAGGAACAGCUAAAGCUUGCGGAAACCCACCAGUCUCAACGCCUCACCGAAAGCUGUACUGCUGACACGCCCGCUGGGCCUUCGGAUUUCAGCUCUAAGGAGAAAAGCUGGGGAGGUUUCGAGGAUUCUUGGGGAAAGGCUGCUAAUACUCCGGCUUCUGGUGGUGACAUAUCUCUUGUCCGAGGCCCUGACUCUGCAUAUCCGGGAUCUUAUGGACAGUUUCCGCCAUUGGUUACUAGCCAUCGAGCACUCUACCCCGAGACCGAAUCCUUCGAGACAGCCCCGGCCGCGGCCCGAAAGAUCGUCAAGCCUCAUGAGUACAAUGAAGUCAACAUCUUCGCACCAGAGGACCCCCAAGGCUUCACCGAUACCGCAAGCGAAAUUGCUUUUACGACGGGAAAGCUUUCUAGGAAUCGUGACCGCAGUUCUACAUUCAUGAGCUCUGAAUACAGACCUUACAAACCUGCUGCACGAGAGCCUCCAACAGACACCAAGCCUUCCACGGGAAGCACAAGCCAAGGCACAAUGGGCAACAGUGCGAUCGCUUUCAGACAGCACACGGCAGCAGCCCCAGUCUCUCCAGAGUGUGAUACGAUUGACACUAACGACCGCCGGUACGCGGGAAGAGAUUCGCGCGCGGCCAGCUCCAAAGCCAAAGGCAAAGCCAAAGCCAAAGCCGCCCCCCAAACCCCCAAGCACAAUCCCCGUCCCUACGCGUCGCUCUCCAUGGUCGACUCUAGCAGCAACGUCCCCGCCUACUACACCUUCUCCGGCCGCCGUUCAACCCGACCCCCGCAACAACCAUCAUUCACCCGUCGCAUCCCCUCCUCCGACGACCUGAUUCCUCCCGCCCACGCCAGCGCGCCGUCGCCAGCCGCCGCCGCCGCCGCCUUCUCCUUCUCGCCGCCGCCGCCCGUGUCGGGCAUCGCAGCCUGGAAAGCCCUCCCCGAGAAGAUCCAGCGCGAAGACAAGGCCGCCGCCGAAGCCCACCCGCACCGCGUCCGCAGCCCCCACGCCAAGGUCCCCACCAUCCACGAGACGUUCAAGAAGGUUGUCGUCGUCUCGCCCGAGGGAGACUUUGAGCAGCGCAAGGUCGUGAAGGAGAGCUUCCAGACGAUCGAGUGA